AUGGCCCACCCCAGCUCUUACCGCCAAAUCCUUGACGACAACCGCAACCGGUUCGAGCUCCUCAUCCAGCAUGGAGACUUUAAACCCUUCUACCUGUGGCAUCUUCUUGUCUUCACCGCUCUUCCUUUAUGCGGUCUGUUGAUAUCCCGGCAGCGUGGAGCGCGAUAUGUCCGCCCCGUCGUCUUUGCUCUUAUUCUCAGCACAGCCGUUGAUGUCAUCCGACACCGGCGUGCGCUGCUAGGAGCAAACGGCUAUAUGGGAGGCUUAGUGACUGCCUGGUGGACUAUUUGGAGCGCAACAAUUCUCAUCUUCAACGAUGCCGAAAGAGACUUUGAGCGAAUCGAGAGGCGCUCGUCUGAUGCAUCAUGUCCGGGCAAGGCGCGGACACCAGACGACGAAAACAAGGCUCGGUCUAAUGACAAGGCUGCGAAUGGUCACAUAUUCAAGGCGAAGCAAUAUGCAUCCCAGCGGGAUUCGGAAACGCUCGCCUGGCAACCGUAUCCCCGCGCCUGCUUGCACCGUCUCAACUGGGCGCUGGGCCUGCUCUUCAAUAUGCGAGGACCAGAGUGGAACUGGCGCAUAUCCACCUUGGAUCCGUUGCCAGACUCGCUGCAGACGCAAACAACUACCAGAAAUGGGCAGUCCGCCCGUCAAGCAAUGGACAAGACCGAAAAUAAAGCCGUCUCGCAGCCCGACCCACGGGCGCGUCUGAACGCCGUCCUCCUCGCCUUCCUCGAGCACUAUCUCCUCCUGGACCUGCUCAAGGUCCUCAUGAUGCACGACCCGUACUUCUGGGGCAUGGUCUCGUCGGCCCCGGCCCGCCCAUUCCCAUUCACCCAUCUCCCACUCCCGACUAUCCCCCUCAUCCUCGUCCGCCUCUACCGACUCAUCCUGGGCGGCCUCGGCGUCUACGCCGCUCUAAGCUUCGUCACCUCCCUCAACCCCAUCGUCUUCCUAGGUCUCUCGCUCGCCUUCCCCAACGCCUCGCGCGCUUUCACACGCGUCCCGCUCGAUGCCCCCUGGCUCUACUCCGACCCCUUCGGCCCGUUCCUCGGCCCCGUCCUCGACCACGGCCUUGCAGGCUGCUGGAGCCAAUGGUGGCACCAACUCUUCCGCUUCGGGUUCGCCUCCACCGCCAAGUUCCUCCUCUCGCUACUCCCCAAACGCCUCGCAGCACGCCCCAGCAUCCGACGCACCGUGACGACCGUCACCGCAUUCUCGCUCAGCGGCCUCAUCCACGCCUGCGGAAGCUACACCCAGCUCGCCGAGACGCGGCCCCGCACCGGCCCUUUCGCCUUUUUCUUCCUGCAAGGCGUUGGGGUCAUCAUCCAGACCCAGCUUGCGCAGCUUGUCAACUCCAGGCACCGGUUCUCGCGGCCGACCAGACGCGCCGCGAAUGCCGUGUUUGUCGUCGGGUGGCUGUUCCUCACUGGCCGCUUGAUCGCGGAUGAUUUUGCCCGGGGCGGGAUCUGGUUGACGGAGCCGUUGCCUGUCAGUCCGCUGCGCGGGCUGGGGCUCGUGUCGAAGGGCUGUCUCUUAUACUGA